CGAGUUAUUGUCAUUUGUACAGCGAGCGUUAGCUGACACUAGUCUACUAAAACUAGUAUGUCCGUAUUUGAAGUAAACUGUGGCAGGAUGCUCGUCAGUGUCCUGGUACUGGCCUCUGUGUUCACAACUGUUACCGGAACAGUUACCAGACAGCAGGUGGACGACGAAUGGGUAGACCCUUACGAUAUGCUCAACUAUGAUCCCAGUACCAGAGCCAUGCGGACAUCUGCAGAGCCAAACAACUAUCCUAAUGUGCCAUCCAAAAGAGAAGACACUGGAAGCUGCAGCCUGGCAGAGCUGACCUUGUGUAAGAAACAUGCAGAGAAGUUACAGAAACAGAAUGAAGAGCAACAGCAGAAGAUUUCUACCACAUCAAUGCAGCCCACCUUCCAUCCAGUAUUUGAGAGAUUCCUUCGCAGACUUCUGAGGGAAAUGGAGACAGUUGGUUUGCCCAGUGACUCAGCUGACGCCUACUAUGAUGCUACAAUCAAAGUGUCCAAACAAACCAUGACAGAGCUUUGGACUGUUCUUGAGGACAAGGAAAUACGGACAUCGGGACCUCUGGACGAAGCUCUCAGUGAGAUACUGGUAGAUCUGCCACAACAGGACUGCAGGGCAGGGGAGGGGUGGUUUAAAGACACUGUUGGUGUUGACGUUGACACAGUAUUAAAGAUGUUGCUGUGUGUCCUGCUCAUAGUGGCCAUCAUCUACACUCCGCUGUGGUCCACUGUCUCCUGGUUUUGCCAGUUCAGGCGGCUGUUUACACUGUCCUUCUGCAUCAGUAUUGGCUGGAACUGGCUCUAUCUGUAUAAGAUUGCUUUUGCUGAGCACCAGAACAAUAUAGUGAAAAUGAACACUCUGUAUGCACAGUGCAGCGGAGUGAAGACAUUCAACUGGAUUGACAGUUUGGAAGAGUGGUUCAGAAGCACCUGGACUCUUCAGGAUGACCCUUGUAAGGAAUACUACAAGGUCCUCAUUGUAGACCCUGUUCUACUGGUACCUCCAAACAAGGCGAUCUCCAUGACUAUCACCGCAUUCAUCACGGACCCACUGAAGCACAUUGGCCAAGGGAUCAGAGAGUUUCUUCGAGCUCUCCUUCAAGACCUCCCAGUUCAGCUGCAGAUCCCCGUCUUUUUCGCCGUUGUGCUAUCUGUUCUGGUUGUCAUGUAUGCAGGUGUGAUGGCAGCCUUUCAAUACGGCAUCACUGCACCUUUUCGCACACCCCCGCCCACUGCAUCAACAGUGGCUUCAACCCCGGAGGUUCAAAGGCGACGACAGCUCAGCGGGAGGCGCUACACCAUGAAAUGGCCAAAGAAAUCAGGGGCCUGUUUCACAAAACUAGGAAAAGGGAUUAAGUCAAAAUCAAUAGAUCUGUGAUGAUUUCUCUUCUAGUUGGCAAUACAGGCCCAGAACCUCAGUAGAAUUUUAAGCUACUCUCAAAAUUCCGAAAGACAGAAGAUGAAGAUAUUUAGCUUCAUGGCACACUUACAUACACACACACACACACACACACACACACACACACACACACACACGAUCUUAGUAAUUUGAAUGAGUUUGGAACAACCAAUCAAUGGUUACCAACAGAUUUGGAGGCUGCGCAUCAUCAUCUGUAUGUAAGUCCAAUGGGUAAAUGCUGCAGAACGGAAAUCAUUUAAUUAUUAAUAGACAUUAAUAUUUCCUAGGAAUAGUAGGUGCAAUUUUAUUAAAAAAAAAAAAAAAAGUUUAAUAACAGAAUUUGGAUUUGUUGCCCGUUGCUCUUGUUACCCCAAAUUGGGUUGUCAAGAAUAGAUGUACUGUUUCUUUAAGAAACAGGCAGAAGUCAUUAUACCUGAUGUUGUAGAUUUUAUCUGAAGUUCUGUAUUUUGUCUUACUUUCAAUUGACUAUUUUAGUUUAUGUCUAUGGCUUAAAGCUAUAUCUACUGAUGUGGCAUUUCUCACAACACUUAGUAAAAGUUUGAACAUGAACAACCCGCCUCCCUCCAAAGCCCCGCCCACUUCCCCCUACCUGAGCUCUGACACUCUCCUCCUCUCACCUGAUGCAUGCAGUGGAAGCAGAGGUCCUGUCCACUUUGGCGUGUCUGCAGACCCCUCCCUCAGUAAUCAGACACAUCAUCCACCUGCCGCGGCUCCUGUUCCAUCAGUAGACCCUGUAUUUAAGGGUCCGGUCUGUGCAGCGCUGGGUCAGUGUCUUCACUGCACCUCAUCACUUGGGAGAUGAGGUGUCCAGGCGAUGGGCGCGCGCACUGUGAACGCGCGGCCUCUGUGAAUUUCCGUGGACAUUUGAGGUUUCAAAGUCCAUGCAUUUAUCAUCCUACAUAAUGUGACACCAAGUACAUGUACAUGUAUGAG